AUGAGGACGAAAUUGUACUGUGUGUUUAAAUGGUUAUCCAUCACAAGGUCCAGAGCUCUUAAAAGUGUGUUAUCCCAAUUUUGCUACCAAUUGUCCUCGGGUAUUGUUGUUCAUAAAUACACGGGGCCCAUUUGUAAGAUACUUUUUUCUUUUUCACAGGAAGAACUGAAAAGAUUGCAGAACCCUUUAGAACAAGUUAAUGAUGGAAAAUAUUUACUUGAAAACCAGCAGCUGGCCAUGGAUGCAGCGAAUAAUAUUGAAAACUGUCGCCUCAACCCACAGCCCUUGGAAUCAAAGGUGAAAACCAUCCAGCGUGCCUGGCGGGAGUACCUGCAGCGGCAGGACCCCCUGGGGAAGCGGAGCCCAUCCCCACCCUCCGUGUCCUCAGAAAAGCUGAGCAGCUCUGUCAGCAUGAACACCUUCUCCGACGGCAGCACACCCGUGAGUCCCGCAUUUCCUUUGCUUGGCUUGACUCGCCCUCAGCUGACCACCGGGGCUUGACUCGCCCUCAGCUGACCACCGGGGCUUGACUCGCCCUCAGCUGACCACCGGGGCUUGACUCGCCCUCA